AUGCCACUGCAGAGUCUACUUCUGCUACUUCUGGUUUGCUGGAGGUGCAGUGUAGAUGCCACCAGUGUCAAUGCCUUCCCCUCAGAAGUGACGGUACGGGCAGGGAUGUUCCAUGUGCCGCCGUACGCUUACAAUUUCGUUCUUCAAGAAAAUGGCACUGGACACUUGCUGUCAGCCGAUGGUUUUUGCCCGGACAUGCUCGAUCGGUUGCAGAUCUUUGCAGCCCAAGACAAUGUGACGCUGAACUUUGAACUGGCCGUGGCUCCCAACACGUAUGAUGGAGCGCUCAACUUGGUGGCGAACGACUGCUAUGACCUACACAAUAAGACCGACUGUGACAAGUUUGAUGUGAUUGCCGUCGACUACUACUAUUCAACGGAACGCGCCAUGAGAAUAGAAUACACCCCGGCGUGGCUGCAUGGUGCCAUUUCCGCGGUCAAGUACGUGCCCAACACGGCGGAGACUAAUGGUGCUGACGGGGAUGGCGAGAAUGUUCUGAGCACCUACAUUGACAGCGCGGGGGGCACGGUCAGCAGUAAUGACGAAUUUGUUACCAUGGCACAAGCAUCCAGAGAAGGUUAUCCCGUCUGUGUGGUCGAGGGAACUACAAUUCUUCGCAUCACCAUGGAAAAGUUCCCGGGUGCAGACUUUGUCCCAUGCCCUGACCAACAAGCCUGUCUCAAUCUCCUCAAGUUUGGCAAAUGUCGACUGUAUGUGGAUGACCGCCUCCAACUGCGGUAUCGAGCCGUAUCAGAUCCAACCUUGGUGGUCAGUUCAGAGACUUUCAAUCCACAAUAUAUCCUCUGGGUCAUGAAUGAGAGGACACUAGAUCCCCUGGUACUGAGACUCAUGAAGCGGUGGCUGAUUGCUGCCCAUCAAAACGGAACAUUCGGAGAGCUCUACGAAAAGUACUUUGAAAAGGAACCUUGUCCGAUCGGGAGGGCAGGGCCCAACUGUGAAUUCCACUGUGACGCUGAACAUGGCCAAGCCAAUGUCCACGGUGUUUGUGUCUGCAAAUCACCCAAGUGGACGGGAGUGGACUGCAGCAUACCCAUACCGGAAGAACUCAACAUGAUCCCACAAUCGCUGAAAAUAAUGGCCUACUGUCUGUUGGGGAUCAAUGCGGUGCUCAUUGCGGGAUGCGCUCUCUGGCUUGCGCUGCAUUGGAAUUCCCAACAAGUACGGAUAUCACAGCCCGACUUUCUUUUGCUAGUAUUGCUCGGCUGUGCCAUUAGUUCAUCGACAAUCAUUGCCCUAGCACAGGAAGACUCUACCAGCAACCAUUGCAUGCUUAUCCCGUGGCUCUACUCUGUGGGAUUCUGUGUCACUUUUGGUACUCUCUUUGCAAAGAUUCGGCGGGUAUACAUCAUCUUCAAAUCUUCGGCCGAAAUGAAGCGAGUUACCGUAACCUUUGUGGAAAAUCUGGUUGUCAUUGGGUCUGUCCUCUUUGUGGAUAUCAUUAUUUUGGUCGUGUGGACUUUUGUGGAUCCACUGGUGUGGCAGAGGUCGGUCAUCACCGCAGAUCAAUUUGGGGAGCCCCUGGAAAGUGUGGGGUACUGCACAUCGGAGCAUUGGGUGGCCUUUGGUGGUGUCAUUGCAGCCUUGCACCUUGUACUCCUAUUAACAGCUUCAUGCUUUUGCUAUAUUUCACGGCACAUACCAACCAAGUUUUCAGAAGGCAAAUACGUCAGUAUCGCCAUGGUCAGCAACCUGCAAAUCUUUGUCGUUGGAGUUCCAGUGUUGAUUGUGGUGGGAUCAGAGCCAGCAACCAGUUUCUUUGUGAGAAGUGUUGUGAUCUGGAUGAACGACCUGGUGGUAGUCUGCUUGAUCUUUGGCAACUUGAUUUAUUCUGUUAGCUUUUCAAGUGAUGGUCACGGUGGUGCGACAGUCAAGGACGAAAUCAGAUCUGCCAUGCAAGAGUUUUCGAAGUAUCAUGAUGAGGCGAUGGAUCAUUCCUGGCAUUCACAAAUAUCCAAUCACAGCUCUGGCAGGAUCAGUGGGAAGAUUAGCAACGGCAGGAUCAGUCCUCCUCCGCACAGCGAUAUUCACUUGAAGGUCGUGAACGAGUCGUGGCAAGCAAGUCAUGUUUCCAGCUCAAUGUCAAGCUGCGGCACACGAACAGGGCUGGAACUGCAGGAAUCUCGAGGGGCCACAGACGAAAGAUCACGAGUCCGUACCUCCUCCCUGAGCACAAUCAGAAACAAUGCGCCUGCCUUGGAUUUUCUAGAAAAGGAUUCAUGGGCACAAGCGAUGGGAGAAAGCACCAAUGGCAUUGUCGUGUCCAAAGACUCCACCCAAGAGCCUCAGUCACAGUUGCCUGCCUGCAAUGAAAGUGGCAGCAAGGGAACUGACGGUCUGAGUUGCACAAACUCGUCGCCACAGUCCAAGACCAUGGAGAUGGACGAUACCUCAAGUGUUAGUGCCAGCUUCCACUCUGAAUCAGGAGAUAUCACUAAGUGGAAGAAAGGAGUAUUGGAUGUAGAGGAAGCUGUAUAA